AUGUCCGAAACCCCGAAAAAACCGGUCGUCGAGGACACCAUUUUCGUGGGUGGCCUGCGGAAAAGCACCACCGAGGAUAAGGUGGCUGGACACUUUGCCAAGUUUGGGCAGGUGAAGAACGUGGAGAUCAAAAAACAGCCGGAUGGCACCUCCCGAGGCUUCGCCUUUGUCACCUUUGCCGAGAAGGCAUCUGUGACAAAAGUUCUGGAGGCGCACUCAAGUCACAUGAUUGACAACAAGUGGGUCGACGUGAAGCCACAAGUGGCUGCAGUGCCGAAGGCUGCACGGGAGUCCCGGGACUCCCGGGACGCGCCGCCGGGAAACAGAAAGGAGAAGGAAGAGGCCAAAGAUACGCAAGACGAGUACGAGUCGGGCUUUGCUGAGAAGUACUUGCAGGCGGCAGCUGCGAUGCAGGGUCCCUCUGACGCUGGCGAACGCGCUGGGAAUGACGCCGCGACGCCCUCCAAAGAAAGCCAUGAGGGGAAUGAGAAGAUGGGCAACAUGAUGAAGGCCAUGAUGAGCAUGAUGCCGAUGAUGAUGGGCAUGAACCCUAUGAUGAUGGGUGGCUGCGGAAAGGGCGGCAGCUGUGGAAGCAACUGUGGCUGCGGAGGCUGCGGCGGUUGCGGCUGCGGCUGCGGUGGCUGCGGUAGCUGUGGUGGCUGCGGUGGCUGCGGUGGCUGCGGUGGCUGCGGUGGUUGCGGUGGCUGUGGCAACUGCGGCUGUGGAUGUUGCGGUGGUUGCGGCUGCCCUUGCGGCGGGUGCGGAGGAUGCGGUUGUGGUAGCUGCGGUGGAUGUGGGAGUUGUAGCAGUUCCUGUGGCUGUGGCAACUGUGGCAACUGUGGCUGCAGCGGUUGCGGGUGCUGUGGCAAUUGUCCCGGCUGCGGAAAUUGCAGCGGCUGUGGAACUUGCGGAGGUUGCGGAAACUGCGGCUGCGGAAAUUGCGGCUGCGGAAAUUGCGGCUGUGGAAAUUGCGGCCCCUGCUGUGGAUGUGGUUGCAACUGUGGUUGUGGCGGUUGCGGCUGUGGCUGUGGAGGAUGUGGUUGCGGUGGCUGCGGGGGGUGUGGUGGCUGUGGCUGCGGAGGUUGUGGAGGUUGUGGCUGUUGUGGCUGUGGUGGUUGCGGGGGCUGUGGUUGUGGCUCCUGCGGCUGCGGUCCGUGCGGUUGCACUGGCUGCGGCAGCUGCAAUGGUUGUGAUGGUGGAUGUGGCGGCUGCUGCGGCAACGGCGGAUGUGCCGGUGGCAAUGGAUCAACUUCAGAUGCUCCAACCUCUGUUGCUCUGCGGACGGAGUCGAGCAAGGAGCGGUCCCAGCCCUACUGAGCCCAGAGGCGACCGAAAA